ACAUUUAACUGCUAAUAUUUAACCAGCUCGAGCACUGCAUGUCAUCAUUAUCAGUAUACAAGCUAGCUAGCUCUAACACAUUGACACAGCUACAGUGCAACAAAGCCAACUAUGCUCGCCACACUCAUGCCCAGAAAUGGCCUCGGCUCAGCCAUUAAGAGACGAAACAGCAAGAACUAUGACACUGCUAAGAGAAGAGAUUCCUUCUCUGUAUUCUCAUCCUACUCUCUACCUAGCUCCCCCGACUCACUGCGACGAUUCUCAAGCUAUGAUACUCUGCUCCAAGCACUGGGAUCACAGCAGCCACAGCCACAGAAGCAACAGACACUACAGCCAGAGUCUAGGCUCAAGGGAAGAAGAGGUAGCAUCUCUAGACUGAUAAGAAGGACCACCUCCAUGAGUCGAAGAGAUUCAGAUGAGAGUAAGAACAGGAGAGCAAGAGGGAGUGUUUCUUGUGACCCUCUGGAUAUUGAGCUGGCUAGGAUAAGAGAGCAACUGGCUCAAAUGAAGACACAGGACUUGGACAUGUCUCAACGAGUAGAGAACUUGUCUAACUCAGUACAAGCACUAUGGGGAAAUAAGCAGUUGCCCCAGCCACAAAUUACACAGUCUUCCUCUGUGUGUUGUCUUAGAGCCAUCAGAGAAAGCAGAUUGGAAACAGAAGUGCUCAAAGAAAUCAGUGAAAGCUCAGAUUCAGAAGAAGAAGAUGAUCAAAGUUUUGAGGAUUACAUUCGAUCCACUCUCCCACUAAUUGGUGACAGAAGAGUAUCUAAUGCGAACAGCAGUACAGCAGAAGCACCUGUUGUACCAGCAUGUACCGUGGAGAUUGUUAUCGACUGUGUUGCCGAUGAUGGCUCAACGCAGCAUCACUGCUUAUUGAACAGUUCACCGCAUGAUGUCAACACUCAAAACGCUCAAGGCUAUUCGAUACUGAAUGAACAAACUAACCACCAAGAAUGGAUGAAAUCUGAACCUUUAAUUACAACGCACCAAGCAAGUACUCUUACAACUGUUCACUGAUGUAAUGUGUUGUGUCAUGGUAUUCAAUGUCUCAAUCCUUGUCUGUUUCUACUGAUCACUUUCUGCGCUAAUAUUCUCAAAUUUUUAUCAUUUAUACGAUCCACUGUUUUCGGUGGUAACUCAUAAUAAUUAAUAAUUAUCAUGUGUCAAUGUGGUUUUAAUCCACAAUAAUAAUUUUGCUCUGAA